UAUAACAACAACGCAAGCACCGCCACUGCACUUGAGCCGCGUGUAGCCGCCAAGUAUAUAAUAUAUCGCACACUCGACGCCGAGCUACGAUUUUACAACCCGACCCGGCUAUACCCAAUUUUUCUCGCAUUGUUCUUCGCGCGCAUUUUAUGUACGGCGGGUUCGCAUGCAAAACUCGAAAUAAACGCCAUACCUCUUUUUGAAUCAAAAUUGUAUGAUAUAAAACGGGUGCCGCAGUGUGCUUAUCUCCGUGUGUUCGUGCGUGGGUGCGUUUUGUAAAACAAGUGCCAGGACGUUGUUUUAUAUAAUAUAUCGGUGCGUGCGAUCGAGCAUGUCGCCGGUUACAUUGAUCAGCGCCACCGCUACCGCCGCGGCUGCGAUUGCGCUGCUGCUGGCUUCUGUAUCUCGGAUCCACGCCAAACUGGAUCCUAAUCCAGAUAUCGAGCUCAAGACUGAUGAAUUGGCGAGAAAAUACGGCUACCCGUUCGAGGAGCACACGGUCAUAACCGACGACGGCUACAUCUUGGCUCUGCACAGAAUUCCAUUUGGCAGAAACGACUACGAUGGAUAUUAUCCGAGAAGACGAUCGGCGGUACUGCUGAUGCACGGCUUGGGCGGCAGCUCCGCCGAUUGGGUUCUCAUGGGGCCAGGCAAUUCUCUGGCAUACAUUUUAGCCGAUUCUGGAUACGAUGUUUGGCUUGGUAAUAAUCGAGGAAAUAUUUACUCGAGAAACCACACGUCUAUGAUUCCGACCGAUCGCUAUUUUUGGGACUUUAGUUACCACGAGAUGGGCAUGUUCGAUCUGCCGGCGAGCAUCGACUACAUCCUGGGAGCGACGGGUCGACGCUCGCUGCUCUACGUCGGUCACUCGCAGGGCACGAGCCAGUUCUUCGUGAUGGCCUCGUCGAAGCCCGAAUACAACGGCAAAGUCGCGCUGGCCGCCGGCCUCGCGCCAGCAGCCUUCACUGGCUAUCUGCGGGGUCCUAUUACGCAACUCACCAAGUUGACAUACUUCGGCGUGUGGGUAGGCGAGAACUUCGGCUAUCCGGAGUUUGGCUCGCGCUCGCGCUGGGGCAGAUUCAUCUCGAGGCUCCUCUGCCAGAGCGCCGCGCCGACCCAAAUAUUCUGCAGCACCAAGUUCUAUCUGCUGGCUGGCUUCAGUCCGGACAUCGAUUUGGAUAAGUUGACGGUAAUAGUAGGUCACAUACCUGCUGGUGCCUCUUGGAAACAAUUGAUUCACUAUGGUCAAGGCUACAUAAAUCCAGGCUAUUUUCGUGCCUUUGACUAUGCCGACAGAAGGAAAAAUACUUUGAUGUACGGGUCCCCCAUACCGCCGGAAUAUAAAUUGAGCGCGAUUACGGCUCCACUGGCUCUAUUCAGCAGCAACAACGAUUGGCUAGCAACGCCCAAGGACGUAGAGCUGCUGAGUAAUAAACUGCGCAGCGUCGUGUUUCACAAAAAAGUCACGGAGAACCGAUUCAACCACUACGACUUCCUCUGGGGUAGGACAGCGCCUCAGAUAGUCUUCGAGCCAUUGCUCCGACUAAUGGAGAAAUAUCGAUACGUCCGAUAGUUCAUAAUUUAAUUAUAUCAUGUCAUAAUCGAUUCCACCGCCAUUUGUGCAUUUAACAAAUCAUUCUAGUCAUCGUUUCGAGAGCGCGAGAAAGAAAAAGAACGAGAG